GCGCGGCAAGCGCUCGUGUUGGCUCGGCAUUCACUGCGCUCCCGCAAUUUCGAUGCAAUAAGUUAUCUCUGAGAAGAUUUUUUGUUCUCCUCGCAUCGUUGGAGCCAUACCAUCUUGAACCAUACUCGACGUCACUAUAUUUAUCAGCGUCUAGUUUUUAGCGGCCAAGACUAGUUGUGAAAUGUCAGUGAGUGAAUCAUUUAAAUCAAGAGGAAGUGACGAUACCGACUGUUGUCCUUAUUGAAGUUUAGUGAAUUUUUAGUUUUGUAAAGAAAGCUGUUUCUCGUGGCCUAGUGCGGUAUAAUUAUAUAUAAAAUAUACUAUGACUGCAAAAUGUAAUAUUAAUGUCGCCAGCGAGCCCGUUUUUGAUGGCAGAAAUUCAAAGUUGAAGCGGGAGACGUAUUGCUCAAGGUCAAUGGGACCGAUGUGAACCGGUUCACAACCCGAGAAGUUCUAAAAUGCUUGCGACUAUCGUCGGAUCCCGUCACUUUACGGUUAAAGAAGGACCCACAGAUCAAAGCGAACGUGAGGCGCUAUCUGUCCGCCGCCGCAGAGCGUCGCACUAGCGGGCCCCAGCGCACGAAACACGAUAAAUCAGGAUCACCGCCGUCGAGUAAUUCGAACAGCAACUCGUCGAGUAACUCGUCGAGCAACGGGUCGGGUGUUCAGUCCGGAGAAAGUUGCGAGGCGCUGUUGGCGGAGGACCGGGCCGAGCGGCGACCGCGCGUCACUCAGCCUAAAUUCGAGGCUUAUAUGAUGACCGGCGACCUCAUACUCAAUCUGUCCCGGGUUGAGCAUCCGCACCACAACCACCACGCCCCGACACACCGCACACACUACCACAGAUAUAAUUCAACGCCCGCCUCGCCGAGUGAAAACCGACUGGCCGCUCGUGUUGAACUCUCACAACGUCAUAACUCUUCGCCCGAUACGGGAUACAUCGGAGACCAUGCCAGUAAAAUGUUUAACUCGCAGCCCGCGUCUCCAGCGGGAGGAAAUGCUGCCUCUGGCGAGAUGGCGACACGCGCGCAACAUAUCGUACGAACUUCGAGAUCAGAAGAUCACUUACAGUUCCAGAAGGAGUCGUCGCUGAGCGCGGUGGCGGUGGACAUGGAGGAGGACGUGACGUCAUCGCUGAACACGCUGCUGGACGCGCGGCCCGACUCCGCCACGCCCGCGCCGCGCUCCGACUCCGACGAGCGCGACAGGAUCGUAUGGACGUACAAUGCACCGAUAUCUCAAUGUAACGGAUCGGCAGCCACAUCGAAUUCGACCUCCAUCUCAGAUGGAAUAUCACAGCGGUCGUCGUCCCCGCUGUCGCCGACGUCGGCGUCGUGGUCGGCGCUGUCGCCGCGCGCCACGCCGCCGCACCGCGCCGCGCUGGCGCCGCACCACCACCGCCCGCUCAACGGUGAUAUGAGUUUAUCGGAAGCGGUAUCAAAUAUAUCUAGUCCGGAUUAUCAAGAUCAAGACGACAUGUUCGACACGGGCAGGGAAUGUCCCAGAAUGGAACUAUCCGACCCGUCCGACUCCGAUUCCACAAUACUAGUCUCCGAACCCUGCCACAAAAGAGCAAAGUCAAAUUCUACCUACUCAGAUCACGGAAGCGACGUCACGCUCAACGGAGAUCACAGUAAGGACUAUAGAAUAGUCAUACAAGUGAAGGGGCCAGAGAAACAGAACGCGAAUACGAAUGAUAAUGUAAAUAAUAAUAACAAUAGUAACUACGCACAAAAUGGUAAAGAAAAUGGACACAACUCGCCCGAAAAUCAAGGCUAUCAGGAGUUGUGCAGCGGGUCAGACGCCGGAUCCGACGAGGGCUCGGACGGAGACUCGCUGCAUUCGUUCCACUACAGUCCGAAGGCCGUAGACAUACCCUCCGCCGAGCGACUCGCCAAACGACUGUAUCACCUCGAUGGGUUCAAGAAGUCAGAUGUGUCGAGGCAUUUAAGUAAAAACAAUGAAUUCUCGCGAGCCGUAGCGGAAGAGUAUGUGAAACACUUUGAAUUCAGCGGUACGACGCUGGACGAGGCGUUGAGGACAUUCUUAGCUCGUUUCGCACUUAGCGGCGAGACACAGGAAAGAGAACGAGUCCUCGUACAUUUCUCUCGUCGAUACCUCGAGUGUAACCCUGGGGCUUUCAAUUCGCAAGACGCGGUCCACACGCUGACCUGCGCUAUAAUGCUGCUGAACACGGACCUGCACGGGUGCGGCGGCGGCGGCACGUUCCGCCGCAUGUCGUGCGCGGAGUUCAUCGAGAACCUCGCCGAGCUCAACGACGGAGACAACUUCCCGCGGGACACCCUCAAGCAUCUCUACCACGCGAUACGCAACCAGCCGCUACAGUGGGCACUUGACGUGGAGGUGGCUCCUUCUAGCGGUGAAAACCGUUCCUCUGCGCCGGUGGGUAGUAACCCUUUCCUGGACUUGCCUGACCAAAGUCGCGCUAUCGAGUACAAAAAAGGCUAUGUUAUGCGGAAAUGUUGCUUUGACGCUAACGGAAAAAAGACACCUUUUGGUCGACGAGGUUGGAAAAUGUUCUACUGUACUUUGCGAGAUCUAGUCCUAUACCUGCACAAAGAUGAACAUGGUUUCCGGCGGAGUCAAAUGUCAGACAACCUACACAACGCAAUCAGAAUACAUCACGCGCUAGCAACGAAAGCCACGGACUACACAAAAAAACAACAUGUAUUCAGAUUACAAACUGCCGAUCAAGCAGAAUAUCUUUUUCAAACAAGUGACUCAAAAGAGCUGUGCUCAUGGGUGGAGACUAUAAACUUCGUCUGCGCGGCAUACUCCGCGCCCCCACUAGCUGGAGCUGUGGGUUCGCAACGCAAGUUCCAACGACCUCUGUUGCCUUGCACACACACCAAAUUAUCUAUGCGGGAGCAGCUAGCGGACCACGAAGAGCGAGCUGCGCGCCUGGAAGAGGAGUUGGCGGCUCUGAGGCAUGCGCGCGAUCAUCCACACGCUCAUCGCGAUAAAGAUCAUUACCUCGUGCAUGAGAUUAAGAGGUAUCGCACUUACGCAUACGUGAUGCGGAUGCGUGGUGGCGGUGCGGGGGCCGAAGAAAACGCGCCCGCGCUUCCCGAACGCACAGCGUCGCAUGCACAACAUGCGCAGAACCCGCCGCCCUGACGCGCCAUGGCAUUGUUUGCCGCCUGCGUGCUCUGAUGCUAUCACCCCUCCCGCGCACCUCGUGCGAACCCCUCUCGCUCGCCCCGUUCUCCUAACACAAGCUACGGUUGGAUUGAUUAAUGAUGUAGUACUACAUAUAUAUGUAUAUUAACUCACAAGCGAGCGUGUUUCGCGUGUUUGAUCAAUAGUGAUAAAUGGAUUGCCCAUUUUCGAUCAUAAUGGCAACAUAAGUGCGCGUGAGAGUGAAACCAAAGUGUCACAGACGAUGCCCACCUAAAUUCAGUGUUAAUGAAUGUGUGUAUAGUGAUUUAAUGUGUUUUCAUUAUUACUGAAGUCAGAAUCUAAGUGACUCUUAUUAUCUUUCAUUAUUAACGGAUAUCAAGUUGUUAUUAAAGCAAGUAUAAUAAUACAAAAGAGGGAUGGUAAAAAUACCUCACUUUUACAAAAUUUUAGAGUCACCCUAGUAAAACUAUAAUCUUACACAUGCAAUAAACAUUUUAAAAAGUGAUAUAUUGGUAGGAUGAAGUAAUAAAAUGAUAUGUAAAUUGACAUUAACUAAUUCUUUAAAGGUAAAUUAAAACUUAUAAAUAUAUAACUUCUACAGUGAUAUAAUUUUGAUGCAGCAAGAGCUCAACGGAAAUCCCCUGUGCUAGUCUGUAACAAAAUUAAAACAAAAUAUAUAGUUGUGUUGUUAAAUCACAUAAAAUUCCUUUUAAUCUCAACAUAUAUAUGUUUACAAGUAAUUUAUAUAUAAAAGGUAUUGCAAUCGAUUAUAAAAUUAAUGUGUAAGUUGUUAUUUUUUAUUUCUCUUGAAUUUAAUUUAUGAUCUGUAUAAUGUUAUAUUUAGUAUCAAUUUUAUAUUUAUCACUGUAGUGAAAAGGAUUUUUAAGCAUUUCAGAAUACUUUAAAAAAGCUAAUAUCAAUGUUAUAAAGUAAAUAUAGAUAUUUAUAUUAAAUAUAAUCAUCUCCGAGGAAACACUCAAUUGUCUAUAUGGAAUAGUUCAGCUGAAUGGAAGCAAAUGUUAUUAAAUAAGAUUUAAAAAAAUCUUCAAUAUUUUUUUUGUGAAUUGUAACUUUUUUAAGACAAAAUAUUAAUUCAACUCGGCCAUAAGACUGAAUGGUAUAUACACACUACAUUCCAUUACUGGUAACUAACUAGUUUGGACAGAUGCACAAAAUUACAAUAACUUAAUUAAAAUCUAGUGGUAACCAUUUUUAUGGUGACAUACACCGAUCAGUAUCUUUAUUGCUCAUUAAAAAAAAAACGAUCACCAUAAAUUCAUAGCCCUUGAAUUUUUCAUAUUUAUUUGGUUAUCAGUUUUUCAAAUUUGCAGAAAUGUUAUUAUUUCAAAAAAACCUUUUUAGAGUACUCUGUUUGUUUUUGGAUGUAGUUAUUAUUAAAUUGAUAUUCUUUAUUUUGUUUCUUACAUAUAAAAUUGAGUAACACCAUAAAAUAAGUAUUUUUUUUAAAUGAGUAUGCAAUUUAUAAUAUAGCCUACUCAUCUAGUCUUGUCUUCCUUCAAUAAUCGCUUUUAAGAUUUCAUUCUAUGCAAAUGAAAAAGCACUGAAGGAAAUGAUGUUCUACAGUUGAAGCUUACACUUUAAAACUACAUAAAUUAUAUUGUAAUGUUCUAUAUUGUGAAAAGAAACCAUAAAAUGUAUGUGCUUAUCAAAAAGUAUUAUUACUUUAAAAUUAUGCAUUAGUUUAAAGUAAUUUGCCCCAAUAUAUUGAUAUUCUAAAAAGUAAUGCUCUAUUAAAUGUUAAUUCAAUAAGUAAAGGUAGAAAAAUCAUGAGAUAUGGUCUUGAGUCAUUCAUAAUGCAUAAUGAUGCUAUUUAUAUUUUUUUUUGUAAAUUUCAUACUUAAUCGAUUAUGGUUAAUUCAUUAAUGGCAUUAGGCUAGAGGUUUAUAUGCUUUAAAUGUUCUCUCUAUUUAAAAUUUAAACAUGAAUUUCAUAUAAUAAUAAUAUGAUGUAAAAAUUAUUUAUCAUUCCAUUUGUUUGUUGUUACAAAAUUAAUUAUAACAGAACAUUCUGUUGUGAUAAAAUAUUUACUUACUUUGGAUAAGUUAUGCUUUAAUGCUUUCACUUAGGUGUAAUCAGUAUGUUACUUGACUUAGGGUGAAUUUAUAACAAUAUUGUAAAUAGAUUUUAAAGUGUUGAGACUGAUAAGUGAAGUUAUUUAUUUCUUAUAUAAAUCAACCAGUGUCAAAUCUUGGGGCUCAUGUAACUUAAGCCUAGGAUAUCAAAAUCUUGAAAUUGUAUAUUAAUUAUAAUUUAAAAAAAAUCGAAGGAAUCUGAAAAACACUAUAAUGUAUACUAUUUUAAAACAACUUUCAUAAAUCGGGCUUUAUUAAUUAUUUACUUGAUUUUUUCAAGAUAACAUCAUACUGCAAUUAAAGUAUGAUGAAUAUCAGUAAGCAUAUUAUGUUGAGUUGCUGUUGAAGCUUGUACAAUUAUUUGUUUAUUACACUUUAUUUUUUUAUGAUCAAAUUUACAUUAUAUAAUAAAAAAUAAAUGUAGAUACAUGGAGUAUAUUAGUGGCAAAGCAAAUAUAACUUUAUACUACACUACUACUCUAAAACUAAAUUGCCUAAACAAAUUGUCAAUAAAUCAUUGUUUUUUAAGUUUUAUUUGCAAUUUA